UUCACCACUAUCGACAAUUGACAGUGCGGGUUAUUUUUGGCGCAAGCGGCAUGCCGUAGUUGGAAAGAUGGCGACCGUGGCGCUGGUUAGCCGUCCUGUGAGUGUCCUUCCGAGGAUUUCAGGUAGCUGCUCCCCUGCUGUAUUGUCAGCUGCCUCUGUCACCACAGUCCAGCAGAGGAAGCUGCACCAUGCAGUCAUCCCCAAAGGGAAGGGAGGACGCUCCUCCUCCAGUGGAAUAGCGGCCACGGUUUUUGGAGCCACAGGAUUUCUGGGUCGUUACGUGGUCAACAGGCUGGGUCGGAUUGGCUCUCAGGUUUUAAUCCCUCACCGCAAUGAUCAGUAUGACAUCAUGUAUCUCAGGCCCAUGGGUGAUCUCGGGCAAAUACUUUUCAUGGAGUGGGAUGCCAGGAACAAAGACUCCAUCAAACAGGCUUUGGAGAACUCGAAUGUUGUCAUCAACCUGGUGGGAAGAGAGUGGGAGACGAGAAACUAUCGCUUCGAGGAUGUCUUCGUAUCCAUCCCUCAGCAGAUUGCGAAGGCAGCCAGAGAGGCCGGCAUCACAAAGUUCGUCCACAUGUCUCACCUCAACGCUGACAUACGCAGCCCGUCCAAAUACCUGAGGAACAAGGCUGUAGGAGAGACGGCAGUGAGGGAUGAGUUUCCUGACGCAAUCAUCAUGAAGCCUUCUGAGAUGUUUGGGAGAGAGGACAGAUUCUUCAACCAUUACGCACACAUGCGCUGGUUUGGCAAUGCUAUUCCACUCCUAUCCAUGGGGAAGAAGACUGUGAAGCAGCCUGUUUAUGUGGUGGAUGUGGCCAAGGCCAUUAUCAAUGCUGUCAGAGAUCCUGAUGCCAAUGGAAAGACCUAUGCAUUAGUUGGUCCCAACCGUUACCUUCUUCAUGACCUGGUAGAGUACAUCUACGCAGUGGCACACAGACCUUUUGUGCCCUACCCGCUUCCACGCCCACUCUAUCACCUUGCUGCUCGGUUUUUCGCAAUGAACCCAUUUGAGCCCUGGACAACCCCAGACAAAGUCGAAAGGUUUCACGCAACAGACCUGAAGUACCCAGGACUUCCUGGUCUCGAGGAUCUUGGUAUCACUCCUUCCACUGUAGAACAAAAGGCUAUAGAGAUUCUGCGUCGCCACCGCCGUUUCCGAUACCUGGAGGCUGACCUGGACGAGACAAAGCCAGCCAAGACUGUCAGCUAUUAAAAUGCCCGACAACUUCCCAUCAUCACAUGGGCAGCCAGAGGAUGUCAGUACUUCUGAUUGCUCUUUAACUAUAUUCUGUACAUAAAUAAAUAAAUAAAAAAA